AUGCCUGAGCCAGGAGCAGAGUACAAAUCUCCCAAGACUCCCAGACGCGUGAAGACACCUGGUGCCGACCCGUCAAGUCGACACGUGCAUUUCCAAACAACAACAGCUGGCGAAACGGCCAAGGCUGCAGCCAAACUCAACAACCUCGAAGCCAACAUCACCGUCAACAAGGCACCAGCUCCUGCAGCAGAAGCCGCUGCCACUCCUACCCAGCCGACCAGCUUUCCUGCCUUGGUGCCUCCUUCCAGUCUGGGUCCAGGCCAGUGGUUCACCUCGACAAACGCAAGCCAGAGCGUCAGUUUUCCCCAGCAGCAGCAACAACAAGCGCAACACGCGACUGUUCAGGUGGCCCUCACUCCCAAUCUCACUUCCAACUUGACGCAACAUGCAGACCGUGCUCACACUCACCUACAGCCAGUUACUUACAUCUAUCCUCCAACUCAGCAGAGUUAUCUAGUGCAGCAAAAGACCGCCAUGGCCGCCGACUACCAGAAUGCCUGCCCUCCUCCUAUGGGAUUCAACUAUCAGCCACCCGUCCCAGACACCAGCAUGGGACCCAUGAACCAUCUCUAUGUUCCACGCUUUGACGGGGGCGUUGUUCCCGUCGGCAAUGUCCCUGUCCGUUACCACCCUUCUUCUUCUUUUAUUAACUGUGCCCCUGUCAACACCACUAUGCUCGCCAAUGUCCCAAUGCCACAACAGCAUCCGAUGAACCACCCAUAUUAUUAUUAUGUCAGUCAAUCAGUUGACGCGUGUCUAGUGGCUUUGCUCCGUCGACUUGCCUGGAUGAAUCCUUGCGCAUGACAUUAUCUUCCUUGCACUCUGACCCUUUCCAUCACCUUUCUCUUCCCCACAAUCUGACACUCUCGAUUCUCUUUAUGUUAGCUGAAGGAACUCAUGAAAAGGUCAUUUGCUAACUCGUCAUUGCAUAUUUAGCCUCAAGCAAUCAACGGCGUGCCCGUUCAACAGCCUACCUUUGUCGUCCCGCCCCAGACCGGCUAUGUUCCGCAGUCGGUCAUGCUCAAUGGCCAGCCUAUGAUGGCUGCUGGACCUCAGGUUCAGCAGGCUUUCAUCCCGGCGGGCCAAGCCGUCAUUGGAGGCCAGCCUCCGAUCAUUGCAGGUAACCCUGUCCCUGCACCUGAAUUUCCUGGGCUGGGUCGGACUCAAGGAGAGGAGAUCUUGCGGCAAAACCAAUUUGCGCAUCAAAACAGGCUGUUUGAGCCGCAGGACUUCAAGCCUGCCGAUGAUGACCCAUCCCGUUUUUACUAUGUUCGGGAGCUUGAUGGUAACUGGACCCAGCGCAACCGGUUUUCUAUCGAUCAUAUGGGUGACUGCCGUUGGUAUGUCACAGACGAAGGGUGGUUCUAUGCUGUGCGCCUCCCCAACUAG